UUCUUUACGGCAGGAGUUAGAGUUAAGGCUCUUGUGGAUCUUGAGUCUGGAGGUCGCCGUUCGAGAACUGCUCCUUCAACAGAUUUCUGAUAUCCUCAUUUUGACCAAGGCAUUGCUAAGGGUGCCCGGGUUGCACUCGGAGCUGUGGUGUUUGGUUGGGUCGAGCUUUUGGUUGAGUUGUUUGGUUGAGGUCGCUUGAACGGACGCUUAGCUGUUGGUUCCGUGUCGGCGCGUUUCGUUUGGUUGGUCUUCCCUACCACUGUGGGCCUUACCGUAUCCAAUUCCCCUCAUCCCAAUCUGGAAACUGAGAACCCAUCAUGGAUUCCAACGCAAAUGAUCCUGGUGGCAUGGAUCCUGAUUCUGAUCUUCUUAAGAUCCUGUCCACGACCUCAACAACGGUCAAGUCUGUAUCCAAGAGUGAGCUCCUCACCUCUGGUCUCACCGGCCACGUGAUGGCGGAACAAGUUAUGGGAUUUUUGGACACAGAGAGUGUUCUCAGUUGUUUGGAGGUAGAGGAUUUGUGCAAGCAUUUUGAUCUCAAGAGCUAUUACUGUAGUAUACAUGGUACUAAACUGGAAUCCCAGGUGGAGCGUCGCAGAGACCUGGAAAGCAUGACUGGAAAUGAUGACGACCAGGGCGAAGAUGCAGAUCAAAUUUGCAAUAAUGACAAUGUUGCGGCAGCUGAGGUGAACAUUGAGUGUGAAGAUUGUGUGGAAGCAGAAUUUGAUCGCGAGCGCUGCACUUGCUGCAAGGGAUUUGAAAACGCGGAUGAGCUGAACCAAUGCAACAAUUGCAGUUACCAGGAAUGCGAUCCAUGUUAUGAAGACACUUCAAUGAUUUGUUGCAGCUCCUGCGAGGAGGUGUUCUGUGGAAGAGAGGGUUGUGAAAAAAUCGAACAUUGUGACUGUGGAGAAGGUUUCUGUUCCAUGUAUCAGGAGGAUAAUAUUCAGGCGUGCCUACAGUGUGGCAGCGGUGGGUGUCUGGAUUGUUUCUAUGAGGACGGGUUCUGUUGUGACAAAUGUGACUCUGCAUUCUGUAUCGAUUGCGACAACUAUGGCCAUUGCGACAGCUGUGAACAGAUAUUUUGCUCUACCUGCAUGGAAACUCGGGAUUGUGAAUUUUUCUGUUGCAACAAUUGUGGCCGGACAUUCUGUAACGAUUGUGAUCCCUACAGCAAUUGCGCCAGGUGUGAAGAGCAAUUUUGCUCUACCUGCAUGGAGACUUGGUACUAUGAAGGUUCCUGUUGCCAUGCAGGAAUAUUUUGCAUGGAUUGUGUCUCUGAGCACUGGUUCUGUUGCAACAAAUGUGACAAGGCAUUCUGUACCAAUAGCGACGACUAUGGCUAUUGUGACAAGUGUGACGAGAAAUUUUGCUCGACGUGCAACGAAACUUGGUAUUGUGCAGGUUGUGAACAUGGUAGUUGCUACUCCUGUGAUCAACCAGUCAAGUGCAAAACAUGUAACCAGCAGCAUGGUUGCAGUGAAUGUAGUGACAAAGAGUGCUUCUGCUGUGGAGGUUGUUCCAAAACUUACUGCCGUGAGAAAUGCAAAGAGUUCACUACUUGUGAUAUCUGUUUCGAAGACGUUUGCGAAGAAUGUGACAAUGGCAGGAUUUGCAAACCCUGUCUGAAAUGGCUCUUACGGGGAGAAGUUCCAGUACACUGAAUGUGUCGCAGCAAGGUCUAUGCUCCAAGGAAAUCUGUCCUAAUUGCCAAUAUGUUUUUGAGACCUGCCGAAGCCAGGGAAAUGGCAAAUUUGAUUUUAAGAAGCACAACUAGCUGGCCACGUUGACAGUCAGAAAGAAAGCCAGCAGGGGGUAUGAAUGGAAACUGUACAACGUGAAAGGGAAAAAAGACAAAAACAACAAUCUACAUUCAUUCGGAACAAAGCACACAAGGCUGGAAAAUGGGUCCAUCAGUCGAGAGCCGGGUUGUCGGGUGGUUGGUGGUUCUUGCCGACCCAUCAUUGAGAGGGUGUGGCAAUGAGGUUGGGGAGUGGGGAGUGGAAGAUGUCGACCAGAAGAUGAUAAAAUGUAGAAACAAAAAACAACUGCUACCGGUACGAUCCUAGCUAUAGCUAGCUAGCGCGCUUCAGCGCUCGGCUGGUGGGGAUCGUUGGGGGUGUCCAUUUUGUCAUAUCUCUAACAUGAGAGAUUCCAUUCUAGCUAGAGCUGUAGCACAAUGCAAGUACGGCAGGCUUUACUGGCACCUCUUCGGCUGCCAAGACUAAGUGACCAUCUACUUACUAACUAAAUUUUAUUAGAAUCAAUACUCG